AUGGCUGCUCCAGCUACGGCAGCCUUCGACCCUGCGGUUGCUCCCGGCCUUGGACAGCCGCUCAAUGCAAAAGACCUGGACAUCGCUCGCUUCGUGUACAAUGAGCUUCCCUACUUCGAGGCCCAGCCCCAUCUCCAUUCCAAGCACCCCGAACACAUCAAGGCCCUGAACGAUAUCAUUCGCCACCACUCCAUGGGUCACGUUGUCCGUGUCCACUCUGCGCAUCGCCAUGCUAUCAUUCCUGAUGGCACGGUCCGCCUCGAUACAGGCAUGGGCGUCCAUGGAUUUACCUGGAACAGGGCCACGGAGAUCAAGGUUCUCGAUGUCAACAAGAUACACGCCACCUUCUUCAAGAUUACCGAGAACGGCUUGGUUCCCAUCGAAUUCGCCGCAGGCCCUUCACCCAUUGCCGGGGCCGACAUUCCUGCCGAAUUCGUAGCCCAUUUUGCUACAUACAUCAUGGACAAUGGGCUUGACAGCCUGAUUGCCCUUGAGAUUGGCAACUUUGCCAAGCUUCCCACCACCAUGGCUGAGAUGGAGAUCCAGUGGAACACCGAAGAACCCUUCACUCUCAACGUGCCCGCCUCCGUCAUUAAUGUGGACGUGAUGGAGUUGAUUCCCACGAGCUGGAACGUCAAAGCCAAUAACCAGGAGAGUGUCCCAAGCGGUUCCGAUAGCAACCCUCGCCCCGGUACUUACUAUGCCGCGGCCAUAAGGCCCGUAAACACCCACAAGGUCUUUUUUAGCGGCAGGGGGCCUCUUGUCCCCGAGAAUGUGACCAAGACGCUCGUUGAAAUGGGUCUCCUCAUCAACGUUUAG